AUUGUUUAACCAUUGCCGGUGUACCAUUCAACUUUCCUUUUAUAGAUCGGCAAAAGAGUCUUAACCUAUCUUCCAACAAAAACAAAUUCCAUUGACCUACUAUUAGCAAAGCUUGGAUAUCAUCAAUCAUCAAUCAUCAAUCAUCAAUGGAGGGAUCAAUUCGUUGCUCCGCAAACUACGUUCCUCUGACUCCAAUCAGCUUCUUAGAGCGCGCAGCACUUGUAUAUGGAGACCGACCCUCUGUUGUGUAUGGAAAUGUCAAGUAUACUUGGAGAGAGACUUUCGUCAGGUGCACUAAACUCGCCUCCGCUCUCACCGACUUACCCAUUUCUUAUGGAGAUGUUGUUGCCGCUUUGAUCCCUAAUGUACCAGCAAUGUAUGAGUUGCAUUUUGCUGUCCCAAUGGCUGGGGCAGUCCUCUGCGCCUUUAAUACACUUCAUGACUCUCCAAUGGUAUCUGUCUUGCUAAAACAUUCUAAGGCAAAAGUUAUCUUUGUAGAUCAUCAAUUUUUGGAGGUUGUACACGGAGCACUAGAUAUUUUGUCCAAGUCAAACUCAGCUCUCCCUCAAAUUGUCUUAGUUCUCGAUGACCAGUCAAUGCCAGUCAGAGUUGGCAUGCCUCCUUUUAAGAUCUUGGAGUAUGAGAGUUAUUUAGCAACAGGAAGGCCUAAAUUUGAUAUUCGUAGGCCAAAAGAUGAAUGGGAUCCAAUUGCGUUGAAUUAUACUUCGGGGACUACUUCAAGCCCUAAAGGCGUAGUUUACAGCCACAGAGGUGCAUAUCUGAAUUCUUUGGCAACAGUUCUAGUGAAUGAAAUGCUUAUAGGGCCUGUAUAUUUGUGGACUCUCCCUAUGUUUCAUUGCAAUGGUUGGUGCUUUACAUGGGGUGUAGCAGCUCAAGGUGGGACAAAUAUCUGCCUGCGCAAUGUUAUUGCAAAGGAUAUAUUCCGUAAUAUUACUGAGCACAAAGUUACGCAUGUGAGUGGUGCACCAACAGUUCUAAACAUGAUCAUAAAUUCUUCGGAUGAGGAUAAGAUGCCUCUUCCGAGCAAGGUGGUAGUGGUGACUGGUGGUGCCCCACCUCCUCCUCAAGUACUCUUGAAAAUGGAAGAACUUGGAUUUGUAGUAAUACAUGGAUAUGGGAUGACAGAAACCUACGGGCCUGCUACAGUCUGUGUGUGGAAGCCUGAGUGGGAUACUUUACCUCCAGAUGAGAGAGCAAAGAUUAAGUCCCGGCAAGGAGUGCUUCAUAUUGGGCUUGAGGAAGUUGAUAUAAAAGAUCCUGUGACUAUGAAAAGUGUGCCUGCUGAUGCAAAGACAAUGGGCGAGGUUAUGCUUAGAGGAAAUACUGUUAUGAAUGGGUACUUGAGAGAUCUCAAGGCUACUCAGGAGGCUUUUAAGGAUGGAUGGUUUCAUAGCGGUGACUUAGGGGUUAUACACCCUGAUGGUUAUAUCGAACUAAAAGAUCGCUCUAAGGAUAUUAUAAUUUCUGGGGGCGAGAACAUAAGUACAAUUGAGGUGGAAUCUGUGUUAUUUAAUCAUCCGGCUGUUUUAGAAGCAGCUGUUGUGGGACGUCCUGAUGAUCACUGGGGAGAGUCACCCUGUGCAUUCGUAAAGCUGAAGGAUGAAUGUGAUAAUGUGACUGCUGCAGAUAUAAUUAAGUUCUGUAGGGAUAGCUUACCUCAUUAUAUGGCUCCUCGCUCAGUUGUUUUUGAGGAUUUACCAAAGACCUCAACUGGGAAGACGCAAAAAUUCAUUCUCAGAGAGAAAGCAAAGGCUAUGGGGAGCCUUUCUCACAAGAAAACCAGUAAACUAUAAGAUGUGAUGGCCUAUUUGCUUGGUUAACUCCUCUGAUCGUAAUUCUCUGUCCACCAAAAUAAUACGUUCAAAUACAUAGUACCUGUAUAUGACCUUCCGUAUGUUACCAGUGACAGUAACUAAUAAAUGAUUGAUUCUCUUGGGGUA